AACACUCACAUAUUUAACAGCAGGACCCGGCUAUUUACUGGGAGUCAGAACAACCAGGGGCACACCGGGUUGUCACCACACCGCAAUGAGUCGCUGCUGGAGCCGCUUCAGUCUCUGCUGCCUCUGGGUACCAGAGCCAGUUAGCCUGUUAGCUUAAUGCUAGCAUAACAACAACAGAGGAAGGUCCAUACUUCACAUGUUAGCUUAAUGCUAUCAUAACAACAACAGAGGACAGUUCGUACUUCACAUGUUAGCUUGAGGAAAGAAAACGAUCGUGACUUUCCACAACUUGAUGAUUGUGCGACAGUUCACCGGUCGAGCUUUGAUCACCUCUCACCUGAAUGCCCACCUGAGAAAACCCUGGGCCAGCCAAGACAUGGCCAGACCCAGUUCAGACCUGGCUGCGUUCAGGGAGAUUUUCUCCAAAGCCAAGAAGGUCGCCAUCCUGACCGGAGCAGGGGUGAGUGCUGAGAGUGGAGUCCCCACCUUCAGGGGAGCAGGGGGCUACUGGAGGAAAUGGCAAGCACAGGAACUCGCCACUCCGGAGGCCUUCUCUCGGAAUCCCUCACGUGUUUGGGAGUUUUACCACUACCGCCGCGAGGUCAUGCUCACGAAGAAUCCCAACCCCGCUCACCUGGCCAUCGGCGAGUGUGAGGAGCGACUCACACAGCAGGGCCGAGAAGUUACUGUCAUCACUCAGAACAUCGACGAGCUCCAUCGCCGCGCUGGAUCCCAAAACAUCCUGGGACUCCACGGUAGUCUGUUCAGAACCCGCUGUAUGAGCUGUGGUGACGAAGCAGCUAAUUACAAGAGCCCCAUCUGUGCGGCGCUGGCGGGUAAAGGAGCUCCUGACCCAGAAACACACGACGCCCAGAUCCCUGUUCUACAGCUGCCCAGGUGUGAGCAGACAGGUUGUCACGGUCUCCUGAGACCAGCUGUGGUUUGGUUUGGAGAAACGCUCGACUCUGACGUCCUCAACCGGGCAGAGAAAGUGCUGGACAGCUGUGACCUGUGCCUCGUGGUUGGUACCUCGUCCAUCGUGUAUCCAGCGGCCAUGUUUGCUCCUCAGGUGGCGGCCCGCGGCGUCCCCGUGGCCGAAUUCAACAUGGAGGACACACCGGCCACCAUGCGCUUCAAGUUCCACUUCCACGGCCCCUGUGGGACCACGUUACCCGCCGCACUCGCACGCCACGAGACGGAACCACAUUGAAAGUGGAGGGUGUGACACUGCAGGACCUCAUUGGUCAACAUGUGGAGAUGGACAUGUGUGAAAGUAAGAUCAAGAAAUUACAAGAAAGAAGCUGUUUGAUUUAAGAAAUGAGAUGUGCAAUAAAGAAUAAAUAUGACUUAGUUACACCUUCAGAAUCUGUUUAACUUCAUGAAGAUGUCAAAUUAAAUUGAAAUCUUUUUUAAUUCGUCAGAAAAUGACAAAAAAAACAGCUGUAACUUAAAAUAUCAUUGUUGUACACAUAAUUGUUUCUGAUGCCAAAUCACACAAAGCCUCUGUGCUGCCAACAGUUAAUUAUUUGACUUUGAAUUGUUGAACUUUAUUUGCUAAAGUCAAAGACGUUGAAGCAAAUAGUUUCCCUCCUUCAGCAUAUUGAAUGUCAGACAGUAGGGGGCAGUGUUUAGCUGCUGCUGUUCACAGGGUCUGUGGGAGUUUCAGUUGAUUCAGUUCAACCAGUGGAACCAGUGACUGAGCUUCUCUGCCAGUCACAAGGAAAAGGGUUUUAAUUUGAAGGUUGUAUGUAACGUGAUUGGAGCAGUUUUGCUGAUGGGACUUGAAAUAAAUGAAAACUCAUAAAAUGAAGGAUUUCUUAUGAAUGUGUGUGUGUUUAAAUACUGCGUUGUUCAAAUGAUGCAACAGGAAUAAAGAGUUUUACUUCAGUG